UGCUGUUGUCUUGACAACCACGAGGGGGGCUUCACCGUCAGAUGUCUGAAUAAUCUGAGAGAGGCAGCGCGCGCGAGAAACACGGAGGACGCGGAGGUGUUGUGGGGAUUUGUUUUCCCGGAGCCCGAACAGAAGCCCGUCUCCCUCUCUCCUCCCUCCCUGACUGUCACUCCAACCGGGCUGCGCCUUCCCUUUACGCGGAGCGCAUUACGCAACGCAGGAGCGUAGAGCAGGAGCGACACUGCGCUGUCCCAAAAGUACUUUAGGCAUCUAUCCGUCCCCACGACCGCUUUGGACCUAUAAUCAAUCACAACUCCGGACCACUCUCUUUUCUUUCUGCCCUUUUCACCCUUGGAUCUAUUUGCUCUCGUAGCGCGCGCGCCCCUUCGUGCUUUACGAUGCAAGUCGGACACAAAUCGUCCUGGAGGCAGUUGCAGGCGUCUUUUUUCAGACUGCUGUGUCUCAUCCCAACAGGAUUCCCCGUCCGGAGUGUGGAUAUGCAGCGGGCCACCGACAACAUCACCAUCCGCCAGGGCGACACAGCCGUCAUAAGGUGUUACGUUGAUGACAAAGUGUCCAAGGUGGCCUGGCUCAAUCGAUCCAACAUCAUCUUUGCCGGCCAGGACAAGUGGUCUCUGGAUCCCAGAGUAGAUCUGGUCACCAAAGGACAACUGGAGUACAGUCUCCGCAUCCAAAAGGUUGAUGUGUAUGAUGAGGGCUCGUACACCUGCUCCAUACAAACAAAGCUUCCAGCCAGCAUCUACAAGGUGUCAGAAGACAUCAUUGUGAACGAGGGCAGCAAUGUGACGCUCAGCUGUCUGGCAACCGGCAGACCAGAACCAACCAUCACCUGGCGGCUGCUGGAUCCUUCAGCAGAGCCUCUGGAUGGAGAGGAGUACCUGGACAUUCUAGGCAUCAUGCGAAACCAAGCGGGUCGAUAUGAAUGCAGAGCCAAUAACGACGUUGCCACGCCUGAUUCCAAAUACGUCACUGUUGUUGUCAACUACCCUCCGACAAUAAUAAAGGCCAGCAACUCAGAGACUCCUGUGGGCCGCCUGGGGACGCUGCAGUGUGAGGCUGUUGCUGUUCCCAGCGCGGAGUUUGAAUGGUACAGGGAUGAAAAGAGGCUGUUCAAUACUCAAGCCACCAAUAUCCAAGUUCUGGACAAAACGUCUAUUCUGAUGAUUGCCAACGUCACUGAGGAAGAUUAUGGGAACUACACCUGUGUGGCCUCCAACCGACUGGGUGAACAGAGAGCCAAUGUGUUCCUUUACAGACCCGGGACAGGUCGGGACAUCAACGGCUCGGCCUGUGUAUCCCAAUCACUGUGGCUCCUCCUGGUCUGCUUUGCCUUUGUUUUCUUCAAGUGUUAAUAGCACUCGCCCUCCGUGUCUCCUCUCCAACUCUUUCGCAUUGCUAUUGCUACCUUACUACCAGCCUUUCCACCACCUCUCCACCCCUCCCUCCAGACUGUUUGCAUCAUGUGACAAAACCUUAUGUGCCCUGGAGCACCGCUUACGAAAUCAUCAAAUGUUUUAGGAGCAAAGUUCAACCGAAAGAAACAGUUAAUCUAAGGAAAGCAAACAGUUUAAGGCUUUGCAUUGUUUGUUCUAUUUAAUUUGUUCACUCUUUUAUCUACGUGUUAUCCUUAGGUUUGGAUUGGAGACUUGAUGUGGUUUGUUUUGUUCUUGUUUUAUAACUUUUGCUUUCAGUGAAAUGAAAAACAGAGGCACUCGAGUCAGGGGGACGCCAACAAUCAGCUGUUUCUGAAACAGUAAAAAACAAAAAAAAAACAAUGUGUAAUUCAUCUCUUUUUACUCCUAUAGAUGCAUUAUGUUAACUUAAAAAUGUUUUAACCGUGUGUUUAACCUGUGCAUUAAGGAGCAUCAAAGUAUCUGCCAAAUAAAUAAAGAAUCUUUUUGAAAACUAGAUUGAAAAACAUUAGCUAGAAGCUUCAGCAGCUGACAUCGUGAUGAGAUUAAAGUCUUUGCAUCGGACAUCAGCCCAACGGCUUUCCUGUUUGAGAUGCUUUGGUUGACCAGGAUUUGAGGAGGCAACCUAAAAGAGAUAGAUACCGAGCUAAACUUGGUUGAAAAUGAGUUUAUUUGCAUCCUCAUUCUGCAACCACUUGCCUUUAUCAAGAAAAUAAUGAAAAUAAAAAAUCAAACUCUUUCUUUUACAAACAGAAAAAAGAAAACUUUGUUGGUUAUAGCGAUGCAUCCUGUAUAUAGUCAUAUUUUCUACUUCUCUGACAGAGCAGCCUGUCCUGCGCUGUAACACCAGGAACCAGAGAAACUGUUGCAGUGUAUGCUUUGAGUUGCAGCUGGAAUUUGGAUUAAAGUCUAUGACACCAAUGAAUGACUUAGCUUUUGAUUUAUCUCGUUCUCUAAACCUAUAACAUGGGAUGUUCUGGAGACAUUCAUAAUAUAAUAAUGUUCUUUUUUGUUUCUGACUUUACCUCAUUUUCUUCUUCUCUGUACAUAUAUACUGUAUACUUGAAUCAAAUGUCCUCAUAUACAUAUAUGGAAAGACAGUUUUGGUGUGUUCAUCUUCCUGAGGAGGGAUGGCCGUCGUGGGCCUGCUCUAUCAAGUAGACAGAGACGUUUUCCUCACAGAUCUGGAACUGUAAGAUUUCUCCUGAUUGUGUAUGGAUUCCUGGACAUUCAAAAAACAAGUAAAUAGUUCCCUUAAAUGUUUAAUAUCUGGCCACUAAUUGGCAUUUUGUUGCCAGAAUUUAGUAUUUUGUUCACAUAAUUAGUAUGUCAUGGCCAUAAAUUAGCAUUUUAUUAACAUUUUGCUCGGAGAAAUUAGCAAUUGGUGCACAGAAAUAAAUAUUUUAGUAUCAUACGUUUUCUUCAGUUAAUUCGUGGACACAAAAUACUAAUUUGUGAUCAUUUAACUUGUGCCCAUUAACUUGUAGCCACAAAUGACAUGUUUAUUUACUCAACUUAGCAUCUUGUGUGCAUAAAUGCGUUUUUUAAUUACAUAAAUUUCUACUGCCAUUUUUUGGUUAAAGAAAUUUUGUGCACACUACUUUUUUGCAAGUAAUCUGUGUACAAAUGCUAAGUAGCUAAUGCUAAUUUUUAGGAACAGAUCACAUAUUACUAUUUUAGACAAUGGAUAUUAAUAGUUUUUGGGCAAAAAAUUGCAUUUUAUGCCCACAAAUUUGUACAUUAAUAUCAUCAAUUUCUACAACUUAGUUUUGGCCACUAAAUACUAAUUUGUGGCCAAAGCAUAAUUAUUUGUGUGAACAAAGUAAUUUGUGCGCUCAUGAUGCGUAUUUGUGCAAACAAACUAGCAUGUUGUUUUUACAAAAUGCUCAUUUUUGAGUAUAAAAUGCUCAUUUGUGUCCACAGAAUGAUCAUUUAUGUGCUUCAAAUACAAAUCAUUCAUUUGAGAAACAAAUUGUUUUUCUUUCUGAAUGUCAGAUCUUCUUAGUGUUGUAUAGAUCCUAGAGGUGACAAAACGCUUCAAUGUGUGUAAUGUAUAGUCAGUAUUGAGGGCAAUUCUUGAUGCUUUUCCACAUUCAGUUGAAUAGAAAAGCUAAAAAAGAAUAAAUGAUCUUUGUCUGUAUAAAAGAACUGGACUGAGUGACAGAAAAUGGUUUACUUUUGGCUCCAACCAAAUGAAGUCAAUUCGGUUGACAUUUUUUUUGUGAUGCUGCCAUGUUGGAACCAGAAAUCAUCUGCAAGCAGUGAUUGGUUGGAGUCUAUCUGAGACACCGUUUCUAUGGCAACCACUCCUUCCAACCAGAAGAGAGCUUGUUGGCUCUGGAGUGUCUGUCAAUCACAUGUUUGGAAUGUUGGACGUGAGACCACCCACUUUUAUUGAGGCAUCUGAUUGGCCGGUUUAUAAAUUUUUUUAAUUUCAUAACUUUUACUACUGACAAAAAGUAUCAGAGCGAGAAUGGUUAUUCUGACAAAUAGAACUAGACAAGUUGCAUUACCUGCUAUUAUGUUGGUGUGAAUGCUUUUUGCUGAAAGUAUUCCCUGAAGAUGCUGAAGCUUUUUGCUGAAAAUAGUGACACAAUUUGAAAAAAAGCUAAAAGAGUAAGCUAAUAGACUGGAAAUUCUAUCAAAGAACUAUGAAAGAGCGCUGAAGUUGACCAAAAUUUCGGAAAAAUUUAUAGUAGCAUUUCCUAAAAACCCCAACACAUCCCAAUUUUGCAAAAAUAUUUAGUGUGUUGCUCAAAUACUAGCUAAAUUUCAAAACAGCCUAAAAUUCCUCAGUAAACUGAGUCAAAAACAUUAGCCUGUUGCUAAAAAAGAAGCUUAUCUCUAAAUUAACCUGUUAAAAACUCAGUAGAUAACAAAUUAGCCAAAAACGUUAUGGCAUAUUACUAAAAUAUUAGCUAAACUCCAAAUUAGCAGAAAAAGAACCUGAGUUGAUGCCAAAGUAGCCAAACAAGCUGGAAGAUUGCUUAAAUACUAGCUAAACUCUUAUGUAGCCUAAAAUUCGUCAGUAAACUAAAUGAGUCAAAAAUGUUAGCAUGUUGCUAAAAUAAAAGUUAAACUCUACUUUAGCCUAAAAACCCCAGUAGAUAACAAAUUAGCCAAAAACAUUAGCAUAUUGCUAAGAUAUUUGGUAAACUCCUUUUUUUUGAAAAUUACAAUAAAAGAUGAAAACAUACCCAUGAAUAUAUUUACAUGAUUGUUGCUAAUGUACUUAAAAUGAUCAAGUUUGAAGACUUUCUUAUUCAUUUUCUAUAGGGCAUAUUUUUCUUAAUAUUUCAAAAACUAUAAACUUUAUGAAUAUCGAAAAUACAAAAAUAAUGACCUGAACAUUUUGAGUGAUUGUGUUUUAGUUUUUACGUCCAAAAAAACAAACAUACAGAAAGGAGCAGGAGCAUCAAUAAAGUGACAAAUAGUUGUCUGUUUCUCUAGAGAAGUCUAUGAGAUUUCAACCCUUCUGGACCAGCAGGUACUUUCCAAUUGGAGGUGAUCGCUCAGUCCAGUUCUCUUUUACACUCAAUGUAAACAAGGGUUCAGAACCCUUUGAGUGGCCAGCAAGAAUUCUAUUUAAAAAACGACAAAACCCAAAUGCCCACAGAGAUCUAGCCAUUCAAACUCCUACCUGAGGUCUGUUAGCCAUUAACUGAGUUCUGUGAAUGAAAUGUGUAAAUGAAACAGCACGUGUGUGACCGUCCCGACGCGUCGCCGAGUCCACAGGAAGCAGCUUGACAGCUGUUGAUGAGACUCGGCUGCGUCAGCUGCUUUUUUAUCCUGGUUCUCUCUGCCCUGCUGUAAGGCGACCGACUGCAGGCUUCUUCUGUUCUCCCCGACUGAAGGCGUGUUUGGUGUCAGCUGUUCACGUGCUGCAAAACCAACGUGUAAUUAACGUCACUCCAUUCAGAAUCUGGUGUUUUUAUAGUGAAUGCUCGUGAAGCCAUGCCAGUGUCAAACAGUCGUAGCUACAAGCGUUAGCAGCUCUGAAUCCCAUGAGGAUUUAUGUUCUCCCUCAAAAAGUUAAAGGCAAACGUUUUUACAAUCAGAUUUAUCUCUUUUUUUUAUUUUUUAAGGUGGAUUUUGACUUUCUUGUCUUUUUUAGAAUGAUCUUGGCAAAACUUUUGCAUUUCAUCAAGAAAGCAGUUUGUGCCACUGAAGAUAUCUAUCUAUAGAUGUUUUAUCUUAAAUAUAUACGGUUAAAACUAUUUGGAAAUAAUCUGGAUUUAAAUUUAAGUAUUUUAAGAAAAGCUUACCUUUUCAUAAGGUAUGAGCACCUUUAUAAAGCUAAAUUGAAAAUGCAUUAUAAGUAAAGCAAUUUCAAAUUGGAGUCUCAUGGCAGAUCAAAGCUGCUCUUCUUCAGAGGAAAUUGCUAUUUUUUUAUUUUAUUGUUUUGCAGUAAUUCGUCCUCAAAUAUAAGUGCGUUCAUCAAGCAGGUCAAAUCCAGGUGACUUGAACACCUGAUGUGAAAGCCAUGGAGUUCCCCCUCACCCGCGUUAAAGCAUCCCUGAACGCUGCAGGGGUCCUGCAGGCAGACCUGGACCUGCUCCUGCUGGAUCUGAUGCUACGUCCAUGUAGAGUUUACUGCUGAGCACCGCCUUGACUUCACUGUGCAGAACUGGUUUCAUGUGUGUAACGUUCAACUUUAAUGACUGGACUGAAGUUACUAAGGAGCUAACUCAUCUGCCUUCUUGAUAGUCAAAUCGAAAUCUGCUUGGUUUGUUUUUUUCUUUCCCUCCUGUACACAGAAUUAUGUUUCAACAGUCUUUUAUUGCUAAAAGCAAAAAAAAAAAAAAAUUAAGAUUGUGUUUAUAUAAAAUCACAGUUUAGACUAUUUACAUUGUUUUUGCCGUGAGAAAUUCAAUUUUGGGUUAGGAUAAAGAAAUGUCCCAUUUUUUUCUGUUUUGCUUUACUUUAUUGAAUACAUACAGCAAUUACAGUCAAUUUCGUAAAAAAAAAGAAAAGAAAUUGUGCUAAAGGUGUACGAGAUAACAAAAUAAAGUUGUUUGAACUUAGUGUUCUGUAACUGAAUGUGAAUCGACAUGUCGGGGCAAGUAUCCUUUUUAAUAAACAGGCAGGAAUUCGAUGGUACUGUUGUGUUGAUCACCAUGUAACAUGCAAAUAAAAAAAGUUAUUGUUA